ACAGGACUACUAUGACACCAGAGUACAAGAAAGGGUAGACAAGGGAACCACAAAAAAACCAACCCCAAAAGUGUAUCACAAUUCACAACACCAACAAUAAUAAGUGAACUAACCUAUAUCAGAUCAAAGGGCAAACCAGGAUCAAGGAUGAAUUGAAAGAGCAGCAACUGCAUAAAGAGAUAUGAAGCUAUUGUGGAGUUUCUGCUAGAUUGAGUCAAAAUGAGAUAUGAAGCUCAGGAGACAGAAUCAAGCCAAGAACAAGGAAAGGGAGCAUUUUCUCUUUUUUAAUUUUUCUGAAAUGGGUCUCUUUUCUUUUGGGGUUGGGAGAUUGAUUCAGGACAUGCAGGCAGAGUGCUAUGGUGGGGCUGCAAUAUUGAGCAAAGAAAUUCUCUCUUCCUUCAAAUCUCGCACUUGUUUCUGAUCUUCCAAAAAGGCUUCAACUUUGUCUUCGUUAGGCAUAUAUGCACAAAUGCUAUUACAGUUGCCGGUUGAGGGGGCGCUAGAAAUUGCAGGUUUUCCUUCGAUUUGUGAACAAGUGAAGUGGGUAAAUCAACAAGAAGCUAAUAGCUUUGCUUGCCAAGAACCGACCUCUGUUCUUCAUAUGAGAAGAAGCCCGAGCCCACCCACAUCGGCGUCUACUCUUUCUUCCUCUUUCAACGGCGGAGCCCUAGCCGACACCACCACCAGCACAGAGGCCACACUACCACCCGAGAACAACGCCAUCGAAAGGAAAGAACAAUGGGCAUCGGAGCUACAGCCAAUCGGCCCAAUCCCGAGUGGGCUGGAGCUUGUUGCUGGGAUUUAUAGUGGUCAGAGAUGCAAUAAUGGAAUAGAAGACUGGGAGACCAUGUUGUCUGAAUCUGCCGUGUUUCCAACCCAAGACCACUCGCUUCUGCGGUGGAUCGCCGUCGCCGGCGACGUGGACGACCCUCCGUUUGUGCUGAAACAGCUGCUGCAGAGUGGGAAUAGUGGAGUUACUCAGGGCCUUGAUUUUGAGGGCAAUGCUGGAUUAGGGAUUGUUGAUCAGGCUCCGGGAUUUGACGCAGGGCCGCUUGGUGGUAACUCUGUUAUGGGUGCUGCUGGAAAUGUGAUUACCGGCAUGGGUGCUAAUUUGGGUGGUUUUCAUGGUUCCGGGGCUGUGCCCAAUAGCGAUAAUGACAAUGGGAAGACUGGCGCGGUUAUGCCCAGUUCUUCUGCCGCCAUGGGUAACAAUCAGAAGAUUCAAAAUCCAAUCUUUACUUCUCCGGCUAACAAUCUUGCGCUUCCGGUUUGUUUGCCUGUGCUUUACAAUCUGCAAUCUCAAUUUGCAAAUACCCUUGAGGAGAAACCCCAGAUUUUGAAUCCUCAGGUUUUGAUGAGCCAGCAGCAACAUCAUGGUUCUAAUUUUCUCAUGCCAUUACCUCAAGAGCAGCCUCUGCCGAAGCGCCACAAUUCCGGAAGCUUAGACCUUUCUUCUCAGAUGCCAAAACUCCCCUUCUCAGAUCCGGGGCAUGAGUUGUUGCUCAGGAAACAGCAGCAGCCCAUGGGAUUUCCUCAAGGAGUCCAGUUUCUUCCUCAACAAAAGCCGAUGAUGGUGAUGAAGCAGAAACUGUUGAAUCCGGGUGAGGAAGAAUUGGCUCAACAACAGCAGCAGCAACACCAUUUCCAGUUACACCAGCAACAACAACAACAACAACAACAACAACAGGCAUUGCUCGAGCAGCUCUAUAGGGCAGCAGAGCUGGUAGGAACUGGGAAUUUCUCACUCGCGCAAGGGAUAUUGGCGCGGCUCAAUCAGCAGUUGUCUCCUGUAGGUAAGCCCCUUCACAGGGCUGCUUUCUAUUUCAAGGAGGCUUUGCAAUUACUUCUCCUUAUGAAUAACCCAGUUUCCUCCCCACCUCCGAGGAACCCCACCCCUUGUGAUGUCAUCUUCAAGAUGGGCGCUUACAAGGUCUUUUCUGAGGUCUCUCCUGUUAUCCAAUUUGUCAAUUUUACCUGCAACCAGGCCCUUCUUGAAGCUCUUGACUAUGCUACUUGUAUUCACAUCGUUGACUUUGAUAUUGGAUAUGGUGCUCAAUGGGCGUCCUUUAUGCAAGAGCUUCCUAUGAGGAGUAGAGGUGCUCCUUCAUUAAGAAUCACUGCCUUUGCCUUCCCUUCAACACACCAUCCUGUUGAGCUUGGGCUUAUGCGUGAAAAUCUUACCCAUUUUGCUACCGAAAUUGGUCUAAGUUUUGAGCUUGAGGUGAUUAACUUUGAUUCUUUGGACCAAACAUUGUACUCUUUGCCUCUUUUGCGGUCUAAUGACAGUGAAGCAGUUGCAGUGAACUUUCCUCUCUGGUCUUCUUCAAAUUUGCCUUCUAUUGUGCCCUCUCUACUCCGAAUUGUGAAGCAGCUUUCACCACAAAUUGUGGUGUCUUUGGAUACAGGGCUUGACAGAAAUGAUCUCCCAUUCCCACAGCAUCUAGUUCAUGCCUUACGGUCAUACGCAAACUUGCUAGAAUCACUUGAGACUGUUAAUGUGACUUCUGAUGCUGUGAGCAAGAUUGAGCAGUUCCUUCUUCAGCCAAGGAUUGAAAGCAUUGUAUUGGGCCGUCUGCGUUCCCCAGAUAAAAUGCCACAUUCGAAGACACUGUUUGCCUCAGCUGGGUUCUCUCCUGUAACAUUUAGUAAUUUCACUGAAACUCAGGCAGAUUGUCUGGUAAAGAGGACUCAAGCUAGAGGAUUCCAUGUUGAGAAGCGCCAGGCUUCACUUGUGCUCUGCUGGCAGCACCAGGAGCUUGUCUCAGCUUCAGCUUGGAGGUGCUGAGGGGCAACAAUUGGACAGGUAGAGGAGGUUCAUGUUUAAGAAACUCACGAACUGUCAAAGUUCACUCCAAUAUUAAGUAAGUAUUGAAUAAUUUUGCCUUAAUGACUUAAUGCUUGUGAAUUCUUAUUGUCUUGCUUGUGAAUCUCCUCUGCUUGUUGUCUUAUGUAGUCUAGGACAGCCUAUAUUUUCAGUACAAGAACAAAACAUUUAACUGGAAUGUCUAGUGGAUGCUUAAUUGUUUCAGACAUGGAUAUUGCUUUAAUCAUAUUCUAGUAGUUUUCUUUCUAUAUUAUGAGAAGAGUUGCAUUUUCUUCUGGUUAAGGUGGUGAUAUUUGUUGUGCCCUGACAACAAACUAGAGCUAGAAAUGGAAGUAUGUCUUACCAGACUCUUGUUUUCUGUACUACGGAAAAUUCCCAUGU